CUCCGCAGUCCAUUCAUAGUUGAGCGCCCAUGUAUGCCACAUCAUGGACGAAUGGAUUGCCUAUCUGUGAACGCCUCCCUCUUCCCCUCACCUCUGCAACUACUUCCCACUCGAAUAUCCGACUUUCGACGCGCUAUAUAUAUAACGCCGCUCAAGACCAGCAAGCUUUCUGCUUUCUGGGUGCACUCGUACUCUGAACGACACUGACAUGAUAACCACGACCACUACGACCACCGUCGACGAUGAGCAACCUCGAACUACCUACGAACAAGAACGAUGUUCUCAGAUGACACUCAAGGAACCUUCAACAACUCGUACGAACACUGAUGAGCACUCUCACCUCGAGACAGCAGGAGAAACAGGCAGACACGCGGCGCCCUCCGCAUCGCGCAUGUCCACUGCCUCCGUGCCGCACAUCGCCCGCAUCACGCUCUUGACCACCAUGUUCUCGCUACUAUGGGAACCCGUCCUCGCCCAGGCUCCAGUCAACGACGUCGUCUCCUGGCCCUCUGGCCUCCUCCUCCUCGCCAGUGCCCUCUAUGCAGCGCUCGGAACGAACUGCGAGAAUCUAUGGAGCAUCGACCCAUCGAUUGGGCCGUUUCUGUGGAAGGGGCUGCCCACGUUCUCCAUUCCAGCCAUGCGUCGCGUGAACUGGGUGUCGGCGGCGUGUCAUUUCGUCCCCGGGAUCCGAACGGCCAUUGGUGUAUCGAACUUCUGGAUUAGGUCGGAGGAAGUCUCGGCAGCGACGCGCUCGGAGGCGCUGCGAAAGGCGGCGGCGGUGCUACAUCCAGUCGUGGCAGCACCUCCGCAGAUUGCCAUCGACGAGUCACUGUGGGCGCUGACCUCCGCUGGACUUGUCGUCCCCGCAUCCCUCGCGCCGAUCUCCCCACCCAUCAAAGCCGACCGCCAGAGCUUGCCGAGCGCGCGAGAUUUUCUUCUCUUCGCCGCCACCGACUACCACGCGUUCCGAAGCUGGGAAGUGCGCGUCUUCCGAGGCGACAGGCUCAUAUUCUCGACAAAGGGUAUGCCCCACAGCUCUGCGGUCGACGUUGACGACGAAGAGAUGGCGCUCGGCGUCGUGGCCGCGCAGAUGGUUCGUCGUCCGCUGGGGCAAAGCACCCUUCGCCAGCGCGCGAAGCACCUAACCGAUGACGAUGCCGGGCCCUAUGAGCUCGACCUCAACCAGGUCAACACGGACGCGCCAAUAUGCGCCGUCGACUUCCACUCGUACGCGCCGCAGGAGGCGAAGGUCUCCGCGUCGCUCAACGAGCUGGCUGGCGCGUACCUCCGCGUCGUGCGGUACCUGAAACUGCAGGCCGAGUCCUCUGGCAACCUUCCAGGGCUCGACGGUCGCAUCGCCGAGAUCAGCGUCGGGCAGACAAUGUGGCUCGCCAUUCUCGGCGGCGCACUACUCGACUUCGGACGCCUCACCAUCCAGAACCUGCCCGGGAGAUGGGGGAUGCAGGACAUAUCUGCCGACGAAGCCUACAUCACGCGCGUUGAAGCUGUCCUGCAAGCGCUCGAGCCGUACACCAACACGCCCAGUUUCUUCGACCUCGUCUUCAGCGGUGGCACGAGCCGCCGAUGGACGCACCCCUUCCUCAUCGCCGGCAUCUGCGGGCAGAUGAUCAUCUGCUACUUCCUCGCCGUCGGCACCUCCGCGGGCGUCUGGACCAGCGUCGCGCUCGCGAACUCGCUCUACUCCGGCCGGCUGACGGACUGGCAUAGCAGGUUCUACGGCAAGACAUCGUCGACGUCCGAGCCCGGCAUGAAGAUGUACGUGCCCGGCUCCCCGACGAAGGAUAUUAUGUGCAUCGCGACGUUGGAUCGGUCGACGCCCCGCAUUGGUGGUCUCCGGCCAGGGAUCCUGCUGAACUUCUGUGGGCUUGUCGCGGCAAUAUUCGGAGCGAUCUUCCAGCAGCAGACCCGUGAGGCGCUCGACUUCGGUGCGCCGUCGCCUACAGCGCCGUGGGUCGUGUACACAUCCAUCGUCCUCGCCGUCGUCACGUCGCUCCUCAUCCUUGUCAGCAUUAUCCUGCAGCACAUCCACGAGGGCGAAUGGCGCAAGGAUAGUCAGCUACCAACUCGGUGGGCUGUCUAUGCGACACUCUUUGGGUCGUUCUCUGCCGCGGGACUCGCCGCGUUCUUCGUGAGGUGUCGAUGGGCGAGGCUAUGGCCUGUACUGGAUGUCAUCACCUGGCUCACGGGUCUUCCGCUUGGUGUACUGGAGAAUGGACAUAUGUUUGCUAUCGACGACAACCUACUUCACUUGAUUCUUCUGAACAGAUGGAUCAUCGGUGCAGUCGCGAGUUCCGUGGGGAGUAGCGAUGCUGAUGGUGCGGGAGUUUGUUGAUUAUGUGUGUACCCGGGCUGCGAGAUCUCCUGGCUUUGUGUUGUAGUAUAUAUAUGCGGAUAUCUAGGCAACAUCCUGAUUGCAUCUCGCAC